AUGGUUAAAGCACCAGAAGGAACUCAACUAAAACCAGAAUAUAUCAUAGUCGAUAAUGAGCAACACGAAGACUUCUCCGAAGACACAAUGCUCAAACAGCAAUUGUCAUUGAUGCCACAAAGGUCUCGUGCAAGCAUUUGGACUAAACGUAAAACGUUCUAUACCAUUCUGAUGGUACUAGUGAUUAUCGGUAGUAUCGUGACCGUGUCUACUGUACAUUACACGCAACAUGAAAAAGAUGGAAACAAUAGUAACGAAAAAAUAUGGACUGAUGGCAAUGAUUGGCUUCCUCAAUUACGGUCAGGAUCCAUCUAUGUAAGCAUCUCAUUGACAUUGACCUACGAAUUCAGUCAUCGUCUCGUUGCUAUUCAGAAAACAAGCAGGGUAUCAAAAGAUCUCGGUCACAUAUACAUGUAUAUUCAUAAACUAUCUCCCGUUGGUGUCCGAUUACAAUCUAAAAAGCUGCGUUUCCCCAUCGCUCGCUACGACCGUCAAAACUUCCCUCUGGAUGGUCCGUUUCUCAGUCUUGGAUUCCAAAUCCCCAUAUUUGUCGAGCGGCGCACACGGCAAACAAUUAUAUCUGGUACACGAGGGUGGCUAUACAUCAUGCCUGCAAUGAUAAAUCGCUAUAAUGAGCUUUAUUCGAUUGGUGAAUUACUGAAGUAUGGAUAUGUUAGUUUCACGAGUGGUACUGAUCGAUCGUUAGCUCAUCUUAAUAUGCUAUCGCAUUUUCAACCAACACCAUUAUACAUCAUGCCUGCAAUGAUAAAUCGCUAUAAUGAGCUUUAUUCGAUUGGUGAAUUACUGAAGUAUGGAUAUGUUAGUUUCACGAGUGGUACUGAUCGAUCGUUAGCUCAUCUUAAUAUGCUAUCGCAUUUUCAACCAACACCACUACAUGGACAAAGAAUACCACGGAUAAGCUCCCGAACGGGUGGUUUUACCAGUGGAUUUCGAACGAAUUAUGAACGGUUCAACAUUCCGCAACGACAAGAAAGACCUUUGGGUGAUUACGCUCCAUAUCCAUCAGAGGAGUCGAGUGCCGAACAACGCGAGGCAGAAGAAGAUGAGGAAGAAAAUGAAAAUGAGGCAGGAGAAGGAGAAGACGAUGACAAAGAGUAUCCUUAUACAAUACCAGCACAUCCUGUACAGCAAUCAAAGGAACCAAGUAUAACAACAACAACUCAUGGUGUGAGUACUUCUACUACCAGUUCCCGUAGCACAACACCAAUAACUACGUCUUCAACCACAACCUUCGUAAACACUACUUCAAUAGUCUGUGGAAGGUACUUUCUUGAUCAAAGCAACAUUCAGAUUGUAACGACAAUUGUACCGGAAGUCGAAGUCGUUGACAAUGAAGAAGGAGAAAUCGAUGGUAACGAUACAGUCACAUUCGAAAACUGUCGCUGUCAACAGCAAAUCUUAAUUCCAUCUAUCCCUUAUGAACACGGCCUAUUUAUCAUUCUUCAUAUAUCGAAUGAAGAUGAAGAUAGUGUUUGGAAAGCUUGUCAGAAACUACCUCAACUGAAAAACACGCUUCUUUCUUUACAUCGCGAUGCGACUAUUAAUACAACCCUAGGGUUUGGUUAUGAAAGAACCCAGAUAUGGCUGGCUCAAGCGAAUAUUUCUUUUCCAAGAGCUUUUAUGGAAUAUAGAGAGAAGCGUGGCCCAACAGGAAGAUACAUGCCAAGCACGGGAGGAGAUGUAUUUCUCGACAUAAGAAGUAAUCGAAAAGAUCUUUGCUAUGAAUUAGGUCGACAAUUCAUGCAGUUAAUUCCACUGAAAUCUAUUAUUAAAGUAGACGAUACAUUCGGUUUCGCAUAUAUGAGUUCGAAAUUAUCAAAACUUUCGAAAGACUUCAUUGGAUUCGAAGAUGGAAAUGAUAACCCAGAAGGCAUCACAGCAAGAGCAGCAGCGGCGCUUAUCGCAGUGCAGAAUGAUGAGGACGUCCAUGUCGGAGGAUCUUUUGGGUUAACACAAAAAUGGAUACAUAAUCUAACGAAAUUCAACGAAAUGACGCAACAGCAAAAAGUGGAUGUCAUCGGAAGAACGAUGGGAGAUUUCAGUUUGGAAAUCGAACCGAAACUGCCUUCAUCUCAUGUCGGACGGACACAUCUGCUCGGGCCGAAUGGCGAAAUUCAAAUCGUCCGAAAAUCUCUCCCACAUGGCGACCUGAUCACAAAUGGGCUUUAUUUUGUCGCAUUUGCAUCCAAUCCAAUCAAAUUCGAAAGUCUACUUCACAGUAUGCUCGGAAAUGUCAAUUGUAUUUCCGAUCGAUUAAUGGAGUUUACAUCACCAAUCACCGGAAACUAUUGGUAUAUUCCAUCGCAAAUCUGUCUAAAUAAAAUGUUUCUCUUGUGA